ACAUUGACUGGUCGAUAAAAUUGUGGCCGCCAUAUUUGUCAAAGACAACCAAAACGCCGGUCUUUUCCGCUUUGAAGCGUCUGUUGUUUCGACGCGGAAAAUUGGUAAAUGAUGGCAGCAAAUAAUUAUUUUGGGUUUACUCAUGGAGGAACCCAAUACGGAGCGGCAACGGCUAGUGCAGCGUAUGGCGGUCAGACUGGGUAUGCUGUAGCACCGGCUGCGACUGCCGCUACGUACGGUACCCAGCGUGCGGCCGCUACUGGGUACGACACGGCAUAUCAAGCGGCAGCGGCCACGCAAGCAGCGGCUCACGCGCACGCACACGCGGCGGCCGCGGCGGCGUCGGCCUACGACGCCAGCAAGUCUGCCUACUACCAGCAGGCGGCGGCCGCGUACCCGGCGGCCGCGCCGCCGCAGCCCCAGCCCACCUACGACGCCACAGCCGCCAAGCCUGCCUACUCAACUCCUGCUACAUACGCUCAGUCCAAUCCCAUGUACCAGGGAGGCGCGCGCGCGGGCGGCGGCGGCGCCAAGGCGUACGGCGGCGUGUACACCGCCACCACGGCCGCGCCCUCCUACCCCAGCCAGGCCUACAGCGCCGCGCCCGCGCAGCCCGCCAAACGUCAGUAUAUACACGUCAACAUAGAGCCGACCAACAGAGGCAACACAGCGUAUGACACAGCUCUCUACAACGCCGCCACCAUGUACGUGGCUCAACAGAACAAGACUGGAGGUGGAACUGGCUGGAAGAACUACAACAAGAGCGGCGUAGGCGCGGGACAGACGCGGCGCCCCAAGCCUCCGCCCAAAGCGCAACAGCUGCAUUACUGCGACGUGUGUCGCAUCUCUUGUGCCGGUCCACAGACGUACAAGGAGCACCUGGAGGGGCAGAAGCACAAGAAGAAGGAAGCGGCCGUGAAGCUGGCGGCGGCGGGCGCGGCGGCGGCGGCGGGGCGCGGCGCGGGCGGCGGCGCGCUGCGCUGCGAGCUGUGCGACGUGACGUGCACGGGCGCCGACGCCUACGCGGCGCACGUGCGCGGCAUCAAGCACCAGAAGGUCGUCAAGCUGCACACCAUGCUGGGCAAGCCCAUCCCCUCCACCGAGCCCACCAAGCUCGGACAAGCCAAAAAGACGGUGGCCGGGGCGCCGAAGAUCGCAUUCGUUGCGUCCGGCGGGCUCAGUACCGUGGCGGGAACAUCCACCAAACAAGCAAUCCCUGCCCAAGGAGAGAAAGACAAGGAGGGCUCCGACAAGGACGACGACGCCGACGCCGAGCCCGAGGUGCAGCCCGUCGGCCAGGACUACAUCGAGGAGAUCCGCGGCGACGACGGCAAGGCGCUCAGCUUCAACUGCAAGCUCUGCGACUGCAAGUUCAACGACCCCAACGCCAAGGAGAUGCACAUGAAGGGCCGCCGCCACCGGCUGCAGUACAAGAAGAAGGUGCAGCCCGACCUGGAGGUGAAGGUGAAGCCGUCCAUGCACCAGCGCAAGCUGGCGGAGGCCAAGGCGCAGCGCAUGAUGGUGCGCGACGAGAUGUGGGCGCGGCGACGCAUGCACGAUGGUAUGGAGGAGGAGGAACGCAUGUACUGGGAGGGAGGCAUGGAGCCGUGGUGGGGUCGCGGGCCAGUGCCGCCGCCUAUGCACCAUCAUCAUCAUGGCAUGGGCAUGCCGUACGGGCCGGUGGGGCGGCGGCCGGAGACGUCGGACGACCGGCACGUGCUGGCCAAGCACGCGGAGAUCUACCCCGCCGACCAGCAGCUGCAGGAGAUACAGCGAGCUGUCUCGCACACUGAGAAGGCACUCAAGUCGCUCUCCGACGCGCUCGCAGAACAGGCCAAGCCCAAGCAGGGUGCUGCUAAACCUAUUAAACCUGAAGACAAAAAAGAUGAUAAGCCCGAAGGAAAGGAAGACGGCAGGGAUAAUCAGUUGUUCUCGUUCGUGUGCGAGGGCGAGGGCGGCGCGGCGGGCCCCGGGGCUCGGGCGCUGAAGGGCGUGAUGCGCGUGGGGCUGCUGGCCAAGGGGCUGCUGCUCAAGGGCGACCGCGACGUGCGCCUCGUGGUGCUGUGCCACGACCGCCCCACCGUCACGCUGCUCAAGCGCGUCGCCACCGACCUGCCCGCGCACCUGGCGCGGCUCAAGGCCGGCGACGAGCCCAAGUACAAGGUGGAGCUGCUGGCGGCCGAGGGCGCCGUGUCGGUGUCGGACGGCGCCGUGUCGGUGCUGGUGAGCCUGACGUCGGCCGUGAUGCGCGAGCCGCAGGACGGUGGCGACAUAAAGCGAGACGACAAGGAUGUGCUACCGCGGCAGAAGUGUUUGGACGCGUUGGCCGCCCUACGGCACGCCAAGUGGUUCCAGGCUAGGGCGGCCACGCUGCAGUCCUGCGUCAUCAUCAUCCGCAUCAUGCGCGACCUCUGCCGCCGCAUCCCCAACUGGACGCCGCUCAACCCCUACGCGAUGGAGCUGCUGGUGGCGGGCGUGAUGCAGUCGGCGGGCGCGGCGCUGUCGCCGGGCGAGGCGCUGCGCCGCGUCAUGGAGGCGGUGGCGGGCGGCCUGCUGCUGGAGCACGGGCCCGGCCUCCGCGACCCCUGCGAGAAGGACCUCAUCGAUGCCCUCGGCAACCUCCCACCACAGAAACGUGAAGAUCUGACUGCCUCUGCGCAACAAUUCCUUAGACAAAUUGCCUUCAGGCAAAUACACAAGGUACUGGACAUGGAGCCGCUGCCCAAGCUGAAGCACGCGACAGGCGCGUGGAAGUUCCCGCGCAAGCGCAGGCGCUCCAACACCGACACCGAGCCCGACACGCCCAACGGUGAAGGUAAGGUUGUUAAAACUGAAGAGAAGAUGGACGCGUCAGAGAAUCAAGCCAAGAAGUAACGCUCCCGGGCGCCGCGGCCGCCGCCGCCGCCGCUGCCGCCGCCGCAGCUGGAGUGGCGCUGGCUGCCUUGCGGCCUGCUGCUGCCGUGCUGUCGCUACACUCCUCGGAACAUCUAGCGCGUACAGCGUUACUCUUAUUCUAUCGUAUUAGUUAAUAUGUGCAAAUCGAUCCAAUAUUUUGUAUUAUCUGUGUAUUUCAUUACAUGAAAUUUAUUUUAUUGGUCACAUGAACUUCGUGAUGAUGAUCUGUCCAUAAAAAGAUAUUCUAAUACACAGAAAUUAAAUGCCGCGGUUUACAGUAGUGUUUAAUAUUAGUUAGGAUUAGACUAUUCUAUAUAAUGUAAGUAGUUUUAGCGAACGCGAAGAGACAGGGAUAGUCGAAUUGACCAGAUACUGAUCGCUGUGAAGGAAUUGUCAUAGAGAUGAUUGCGAUUAGACUAUAUGGAUCUGCCUCAGGCUGGCGAUACUCGGGGAUCAUAUAAUGGGGACGAGAGCUGAGACCGUUGUUAGAAACAUUACACAGUGGAGCAUCGUGUUGUGAAAGCCUGACACGAAGUCAGUCUCGCGUGUGGCCAGUCUGCGAGCAGUCGAGAGACGAGUGUAGGUUACAGUAUUGACUUUAUUCAUAUUUAGUUCCUUACCGGUCCAGCCUCGCUGGACCCGGUACGUUAUCCUGCGACAAUGCAGUUUAUUUUUAAUAAACUAUUACCUAUAUUUAUUAGUUUAGUAAGGUGUAUAUUUUUCGUGUAUGUAUUUUUAAGCUGCCUCUAAAGACGGCGAUAUGUGAAAGUAUACAUAGUAACCAAGGAUUCGUGUAAAGAAUUGCGUAUUCGUUCUUCAUUGGAAUCAAAAAUAAUGUUGAGAUAUGUGGCAGUAGUGUGUCUAGUAUCAAAAUGGAUACGUUAGGCUCGCGUCUAUAGUUUUAUGUCUUUUAGGAAGCAAAAUAUUUGGUGAUAGACAUAAAGGACAGUUUUUGAUGUUCAUCUCUUUAUUCAGUGGUCUCUUAAUUCAAUGUAAAGCUCAAAAUGCAUUACUAGCGCGAGAUCUAAGUUUGUACGAUUAGUUUGAUGCUAAUCAAUGUUAAGUUUUUCAACAGAGAUACGCGAACACGAUGUUUCCGGCAGGCACGAGUAUUACAUUUGGCUCGACUAAAACUCAUAUUGCACCAUGUUAUAAUUAAAAAUGAAAAUUCGGUUUGAUGUUUUUAAUAUAUUGAUUAAUUUAUAGGGUUAUGAUGAGACCCAAUUUAGAUAGAUUUAACAAAGACUAGAUUCUGUAAAACCUUUUUUAUUUUUAUUCUGUAAACUAUGGGAGAUUAAUGUCAAUAAAGAUAAUGACGUAACUUA